UUAUUUCCAGAAUGCUUUACGAAUUUACUGAAUCUUUAUAUGAACAUUUAUCUUUUACAACAUGCUCAGAACUUUGCAAUGCUAACCAAUAUUGCUGUAGGUGUUAAAGAAAUGCUGGCAAAACCCCAAUUUAAUGUUAAUACCAAUAUGCUUUCUAGCCUUGUUACAGAUUCAUAUCUUAAUACAAUGUUUUCAAACUGGUAUGCUACUAGUAACGCAUCACUCACCUCAAUAAUUCUACAAAAUAAAAAAAAUAAAGAAGAUGCUGGGUAUGCCAUUUGUCAUGAUAAGUAUUUUACUGAUAUUAAACUUAAAAAUCGAUAG